UGCGGCAAGGCUCUAGAUGAGAAAAACUUCCAGCUGCGUGAUAAGUGUUUCUACUGCCCCGAGGACUACAAACAGGAGUUUUCGGUCAAAUGCGCAGGCUGUGGAAAUCCGGUUGAAGGCGAGGUUGUGACGGCUCUUGGAAGCACAUUCCACACCUUCUGUCUUCGCUGCUUCUCCUGCAAUCGGACGAUUGUGCCGGGGGAGAAGGCGGUUGCCUUGAGUGACCGCUUCUACUGCGAAAGGUGUUCGCCGCCUCAGGUGGCUGAAGAGGCAGACGAGGAGGGCGACUGGGAUCUGGCCUGCUCCGUCGCGGACCCCCAAUCCACCCCGUCACCACCUCCACCUCCAGCCAAUGGAAUGAAAAAGAAGAAGAGGAAAAAAAAGAAGAAGCCUGACCAGCCGAGGGUACCCAAGAGCGCCUCUCUGCCCAGGCGGUUGGGUGACUUCUUCCGUACCAGAAAGUCGCCAAGCCGUGACCCUCAGGCAUCGCCAUCUCCCCACCACGCCACUUUAACUAAUGGCACAGCUGCACUGUCAGUCAAUGUUGGUGAACACGACGCAACAGCUGAGAGUUGUCCGUUGAUGACGCACAGCGCAAUGGGUACUGGGGAGGUGGCCUAUUCCAUAGAUCCAGCACUCACCACUCCCUCGAUGGUCAACGCGCUCUCCGGCGACACCUCGACCCUCCUCUACGGGUCGGUUAGACGAAUCUGUCCACCGGGCGUGGACUACGGACGCCAGUACCCCGUCUCGUAUCUCCGAUUGGCCGAACAGGGCUACACAGCGGUCAUCAGCACAGACGACCUCAACUCCGAGAGUCUGUCGCCGUCGCCUUGUCUGUCACGCCUGCCACCCUGCUACAGCGGACCCUGCACUCAGCGAAUGUCGCGACGCGACUUGGGCCGCCAAACUCGAACCCUGCCGAUCGCUGUCGACUCGCCCGCCUUCAGUGACAAGGGACAAGCCGAGCGACCGGAGAAAGAUCGGUACACACGGUACCGACAGAUGUCCCCCACACCCGCCGUCUCCGCUGGACGGGCUACCAGCUCCGGACGCUGUGCCACCACGCCAGGCUCCAACUUCACCGUGCGAAAAUCUCCCGAGAUGAUGAUGAAGUCGCCAAGGGCGGGCAGAUCUGUGAGUCCGGAGGCGGCGUUGAUGGCGCAGGCAGAGGCCAGACGUCUCGCCGCCUACCCAGGAGCCAAGGUGCCCGACGCAAACAGCGAGCCAGCCAUCGAUCGAUACGACUGGCCGGCGCCACCCUCACCCGCCGUCGUCUUGAUCGACCGAAGACGCGAGAAGGCCCUCAAGAGCACCACCCUGCCAGACGGCGCGACAGUCACGUCUGAGGGCUCGAGUUCUGACACGCGAACCCUCUCACCGGGCACCGAGCACUCCCUGUCGCCGGAGAAGGACCACCCCACUUGUCGCAUGGAGGCCAAAAUAACCACACUCAAACGAGCCACUGGCAACUCGGGGAUGUCAGCUGCAGUUGCACAGUACGUUGAAGAAGACAGAAAACACGGGCGCGAUGGGUCACCCGACCUUGACCCAAUUUCGGCCUCGAGGUCACCGAAUGCUAGUUUUGAACCCCCCUAUAGCACUCGCUACACCAAUCAUCGUUUUGCCUCUCCGUCGAGAUUUACACUGAGACGGCACCCAGCUCUGAACUCACCCACCGGAACCGAUGUCUUCUCGACCUCGCCAAUCAGCAGUCCCAGACCAGGUUAUACCUCGGGCAUCCUCUCCUCGCGUCCAGUUAGUUUGCCCCGCCAAGUCAACGGUACCGCCACCGCCACCCACUACUCCACUUCCACGAGCCCAUGGUCGCCUGAUCAAAGAAGAUUCCACGUGGAAUGUGCCUCUAGAACCCUCCCAGUGAACGGCGUUCCGGCAGGUCUCAACGGAUCUCAAAAUGGAGACGCCUCGCGACAAGUUCGCUACGUUUUACAACCAAUCACCUCCUUGUUUGUGUCCUCAGUAGCCACAUCGGGUCUUUCAAUGAACGGCUUUGCGCCGACCACCGAUUCACUGAGUCAUCGAACGCGUUCGAGCACUUUGACUGGGGGUCUGCCACCGCCGUCGAUCUCAGGUCUGCGUCCGGUGGGUCGCAGUUGCCUUGGUUCGCGUGGACGCUCGCGGUGGGACAACGGAUGGUCCACAGAGCGUUCGGUUCAAUGCGGGAGUCCUUCGCCGCACAGCCUCGCCGCCAACACCACCCUCGACAACCAGUACCUCGACGUGCAGAGCUGGCUUCGACCGUCUGCCGCACAGUCGCGUCCACAGCCCACGACCUACUCAUAUGACCAGUUGAGGAUUUCGUCAGACGCCAAAUUAAGGGGCAUUGACAGCCAACACAGAGAGGCGUACCUUUCCUCCGGCGACUUCGAACGACUCUUCAAGAUGACCAGGCUGGAGUUCCAGCGUCUGCCGGCGUACAAACAAAACGACCUCAAGCGUCGACUUGACCUUUACUGAGUGUGGUCU